GCCUACUCUGCCUUAUAUACAGAAUUUAUGGCUCCUGCUCUACUCAUACGGUGCUUUAAAGACAACUGGGAACUCGGGGAAAAAACGAGGUCAAAUCAUGACGUCAGUGAUUUGUAGGUAGCAAAGUCGGAGCUCUAUAAAUAUGCACGAGUUUCCAACAAAUAAUUAAUUGAGAGUUGGAUGACCGUUCAAAACAUAUGCCGCGUUCAUUCAACUAGGACAUUUCCGACUUCUAACUUGUUGUAGUUAUACACGUGCCGCGUUCAAGAAUUCAGCAAGUCGGAUAUUUCCGAGUUUACUAGUUCCGACUAACAUGUGAAGGUGGCACUACUCUGCGUUAACGCCAUAUAUUUUAACCACGCACACCAUGUGACGCUGUCACAGACGAUUUCCUCUUUCGCCAUUUUUUCGUGAGCGCAGAUUACAUCAGACAAGUAACCGUGUGCCUGUGGAUGGGUCAGUUUGAGGGACACGACUCUCAAAUGAAGUGACCCCAGCCAGGUGUUAACCUGGUGUGUAUCCACCAUGUUGAAUGGAGUGUUCAGGCUGCAUGGCCUGGUGGUGGCGUCUCACCCCUGGGAGGUGAUUGUGGGCACCAUUGCCCUGACCGUCUGUCUCAUGUCCAUGAACAACCUGGCCACUAGCGAUCAGAUCUGCAGCUGGAGCCAUGGCUGUCCCAAACUACAGGAGAGAAUCCUAAACAGUGAUGUAAUCAUUCUAACGGUGACACGCUGCAUGGCCAUCGUGUACAUCUACUUUCAGUUCCAGAACCUUCGCCAGCUGGGCUCCAAGUACAUCCUUGGUAUAGCGGGUCUCUUCACAGUAUUCUCCAGCUUUGUCUUCAGCACCGUGAUCAUUCACUUCCUGGGGAAAGAGUUGACAGGCCUAAAUGAAGCUCUUCCAUUCUUCCUGCUCCUCAUUGACCUGUCUAAGGCCUGUGCCCUGGCCAAGUUUGCCCUUAGCUCCAACUCACAGGAGGAGGUGAGAGAGAACAUCUCUCAGGGCAUGGCUAUCCUGGGUCCUACCUUCACCCUGGAUGCCCUGGUGAAGUGUCUGGUCAUUGGAGUGGGCACCAUGUCAGGAGUGCGUCAGCUGGAGAUGAUGUGUUGUUUCGGCUGCAUGUCCGUCCUGGCCAACUACUUUGUCUUCAUGACCUUCUUCCCUGCCUGCGUCUCCCUGGUCCUCGAGCUGUCCAGGGAGAGCCGUGAGGGCCGUCCCAUCUGGCAGCUGAGUCACUUUGCCCGUGUUCUGGCUGAAGAGGAGGACAACAAACCAAACCCUGUUACACAGAGGGUUAAAAUCAUCAUGUCUCUAGGUCUGGUUCUGGUCCAUGCCCACAGUCGUCUGGUGUCAGAGCAGCCAGGUCAGAACCGGACGGUGGAGGGCUCCAGCAGUGGUCUAGCUCUCGAUGGGCCUACAGCCCAGAGGAUGGACCAAGACUACACUCUCUGGCCGAUACCGCUCACCAGUAUGGACCUGGAGCAGGUGAUAACCCUGGGCCUGGCUUUGCUGCUGGCUGUUAAGUACGUCUUCUUUGAGCAGGCUGAGACAGAGUUGUCCCUGUCCCUAAAGAGCCCCAUCUCCACCUCUAUCUCCGCCCCUGCACUGAGCCAUAGGGGGGCUGAGGACUGCUGCAGGAGGGAACCAGCACCCGCUAAAACAUCCCCGAGAACCAACAGCACCCCAAACCCUGUGGCUAAAACUGAUUCUAACAUGGCGGCCAAAGAGGAGAGAGUUGAGGUGAUUCAAGCCCAGGUGGCCACGAUGGUGCAGAACAGUCCCCUCUCUCUGAAUGGACCGCUUCCUCAGAGUUUAGUGGAUAUUGUGUCCCCCCCACCUCCUUUCUCUACCCCAACUCCAGACACAACUACAUCUCUCCCCAACCCCACCUCCCAGCCCCGCUCCCUGGACCAGUGUCUGUCCAUCCUCAGAAACCCUGAGUUGGGCGCUUGUUUUCUUAGCAACGCCGAGGUGAUGGAGCUGGUGACAUCACGGAACAUCCUGACCUAUAAGCUGGAGGCUGUCAUGGAAACGCCAGAGAGGGGCGUGGCCAUCCGGAGAGAGAUGCUGUCAUCCAAACUACCAUCACCCUCUGCCUUGGCCUACCUUCCUUACAAGGACUAUGACUACACUAAGGUGAUGGGCACCUGCUGUGAGAACGUCAUUGGCUACAUGCCCGUGCCAGUGGGCGUUGCUGGCCCUCUCCUAUUGGACGGGAAGCAGUUCCAUGUUCCCAUGGCAACAACGGAAGGCUGCCUUGUGGCCAGCACCAACAGAGGAUUCCGGGCCGUCGCUUUGAGUGGCGGUUGCAGCAGCAGGGUGCUAGCUGACGGUAUGACGCGGGGUCCUGUUGUACGGCUGCCCUCAGCGUGCCGGGCUGUAGAGGUCAAGGCCUGGCUGGAGACCACAGAGGGCUUCAGGACCAUCAAGGAUUCCUUCGACCACACAAGCAGGUUUGCCCGUCUGGACAAGCUAUUGGUAGGUCUAGCAGGGAGGAACCUCUACAUCCGCUUCCAGUCCCACACUGGAGACGCCAUGGGCAUGAACAUGCUCUCUAAGGGUACAGAGCAGGCGGUGAGCAGACUCCAGCAGCAGUUCCCUGAGCUCCAGGUUCUAGCGGUGAGCGGGAACUACUGCACUGAUAAGAAACCUUCAGCCAUGAACUGGAUCCUGGGCCGGGGCAAGUCUGCUGUGUGUGAGGCCACCGUCCCCGCCAGGGUGGUCCAAGAGGUCCUAAAGACCAGUACUGCUGCCCUAGUAGAGCUGAACAUCAAUAAGAAUCUAGUGGGCUCAGCCAUGGCUGGUAGUAUAGGAGGCUUCAAUGCUCACGCUGCUAACAUCGUGGCUGCCAUCUACAUUGCCUGUGGACAGGACCCAGCCCAGACAGUGGGCAGUAGUAACUGUAUAACUCUGAUGGAGCAAGCGGGUCCUGAAGGAGAGGACCUGUAUAUCAGCUGUACCAUGCCCUCUAUAGAACUGGGCACUGUAGGAGGGGGCACCAACCUGGCACCACAACAGGCCUGUCUACAGAUGCUGGGUGUGCAGGGUGCCAGUCUAACGGGUCCAGGGGAUAAUGCCCGUCAGUUGGCCAGCGUGGUGUGUGCCACCGUCCUGGCAGGAGAACUGUCUCUGAUGGCCGCUCUCGCGGCCGGACACCUCGUACAGAGUCACAUGACCCACAACAGAUCUCAAGCCAACAUGCCACAAAUAGCCCCAUCCCACUCAGAGGAGGCUGCGUGACAGAUACAUUACAACCAAUCACAAUGAGCCUUCUAGUGAUAGAGGACCUGCAGUGAAUUCUGGGAGCUGGAGGAUUAGCCCAGUGUGAGCAUGCUCCUUUCGUCUCAGAGCAUCCAGCAUGCAACACUACAUCCUCCUACCCAGAAGAUGGCUGCUGGUUUAUUUAUUACGGCAGAAAUAAAACCGCUAAUGGAACAGUUUUGGAAAGGAGUGGUUUGGGCUGGACACUCUAGGGGAGAGGUGCUGCUGUCUGCUGCGAAACUCUGAAAGAUAUGACCUGCGAAACUCUGAAAGAUAUGACUGGUCACUUGGUUAACACACACUGCAGAACGGAACUCGAAUGACUCUUUGUUCACUGUGUGCAGUGGGAUUGUCUGAAUGUUUUUGCAAAUUCACGAAGGUGCCAUUGUCUUUGAAAUGGCCACCGAAAUCAUGUGGACAGACUAACCAAAUUGAAAUUAGAAUUGCAUUUGCAGCAGGAUUCGGCCUUUAACUGCUGUGUGCACAGCCACACAACCCCCUAUAUCAUGGACAACAGGUUUGUUGCAAUCAAAUGUCCUGUUGCAAUAUUUUUGUGUUGAGUAUUUGAUGAUAACAUUACACAUUAUUUAUGGAUGCAUUCCAGAUGCAUGUGGAGGUGAUCAGCUCCUUACAGUAUCUGGAGAAGUGCCAGGGCAAUAUACUGUAAUCGGUGCAGGAUUGGGCAGAAUGCAACCCAAAUCUGACUGAAUCUUUGGUUAAAACGUCGCAAAGGGCGAUGUUUUGCACUAAAUUGCCAAAUAGUUGUUGUUUGAGAGGCAAGCCUAGUAUUGCCAUAGUGAUGCUAGUUUAGUUUCAAAUUAAACCUGCCAUACCUCCCGCUUAAUGUAUUUUCAUUUUAUGGAUUUGUUUUGUGUCGAUAAUGUUGUUGGAUGAAAUGCACUUCAGAAAACCACAUCUUUCAAACCAAGGUGCUAGCUAUAAUGUGAGUGUACAGUAUGAUUUGAGUGUUCUUGGUCUGAGUACAUGUCCACAUGCCUUAGACUGCACUGCACUUCAGUGAGUGUUUUGAGGUACCUUUUUAAUUGGGAAUGUGUAAGAAAUGGUUUGACGGUCUCUGGGCUCGUUUCAAACCGUAGCACUGAAGGUCCGUGGUAUAGCGCGAUUUCAAUUUGAGCCGACAUAUGCAGCGUUGAACGCAAUCUCUGCGAACGUGGAAGCAUUGCCUUUAAAUUUCAAUCGCACUAUUACACUGCCUUUAAAUGGUGUCAAAACCACUAAAGUUGCAUUGCUUCAGCGAGUGUUUUAGUUGUGUAUGUGGGAAUACCGGAUGAAACAAAGCCAUACAAGUCGCCUUCAAUAAACUGCUUUUUAAGAUA